GCUAACGGAAACGGGGUUGUCGGAAAUUAGCUUCUUCCUCUAAGUUCCCAAAGACUACAAUUUCACCUAGUCCUGCGGGCCACUGGACUAACCCACCAAUUAAAAACUUCAAAAUCCAACCGUCCAUCACCUUCCCCCAUGAAAACAAGCCCCCCCAAAAAGCAGAAAAAAGAGAGAAAACAGACCCCCAGAAAAUGCAACCUCACACCACCACCACCACUUACACCACCAUUCCCAUCUCCCCCGGUGACGUCAUCUCCCGCUCCAUCCACAACCUUUCCUCGGCCUUCUCCAUCGUCCGCCCCAGGACCGAGUUCCUCCCUUCCUCCAGCGGAUUCGACCGUCCCGACUCCUUCCCCUCCGCCAAAUCCCGCCUCCUCAAGAAUGCCGCCUACUUUCGCUUAAACUACGCACUCAUCAUUUUAUCCUGCGCACUUCUCUCUCUCAUCCAAGCACCCCUCUCUCUCAUCCUCGUCUCUGCCACCAUCUUUCUGUGGCUGGUCCUGUACUUGUUCAGAGAGGACCCUUUGAUCUUGUGGGGCCGGCAUGUGAACGAUCGAACGGUUCUGAUCGGUCUGGUUCUGGUGUCAUUGGUUAUGAUCUUCGGUUUGGGGGUUCUGUGGGAUUUGAUGAUGGGUGUUGGGAUUGGAGGGGCGAUCUCGGCCGUUCAUGGGGUUUUCAGGAAUGAGGAGGGGUUGGCUUUGGACGAAGAGGAAGCGGCUUCGGAGGGUUUGAUCAGGGCGUGGCCUGGUUUGGAUCGGAGGGGGGAGAGCAUGGGGAAUUGAGGGAGAACGGGAGGUGGGUUUUUGUUCUGUAAUUCUGGUGGAUUUGAUGUGUUUUGGGGGUUUUGAGUGGGAUUGUAGAUUGGUGUGAUUUGGGUUUGUUGAUGGGUUUGGAUUUGUAGCUUGGGGAGAAUGGGAAAUGGGUUUUGAAUGGUGAGGAUUGAAAUUGAUAGAUUUGGGGUUUGAGGUUUUGUUUUGUGGGUUGAGGAUGAGGUGAUUUGGGUUCUUUUCUUGGGUGAAUUGGGGUUUGAUGGUGGGUCUGGAGAUAAUAUAGGGAAAAUGGGAAAUGGGUUUUGGAUGGUGAGGAUUGAAUUUGAUGGUUUUGAGGUUUGAUUCUUUUUAAUUUGAUUGAUUUUGGGAGUUUUAAGUGUGAGUUGAUGUUGGUGUGAAAUGAGUUUUUUCUUGGGUUGAAUUUAGGUUUGGAAUUUGAAUUGAGGCGUGUUGAUGAAGGAAAUAAGUAGAGAAUGUGAGAUGGAUUUGAGUGGUGUGUUAUGGUGGAUUUGAGGGGAACUAAGAUUAGUGGUGUGGUUGAGGUUUGGGAUUUGAAUUGGGAUUUAUUGAUGGGUUUGAAAGGAAAUUAUGAGAAAAUAGGAUAUGGGUUUUGGAUUUUCAGCUUUGGAUUUAAUGGAUGUGGGGUUCGAUAUGAAUUUGGAGUGUUUGCGGGAUUGGCUUGCUGGGGAACUAAUUUUUUUCUUUUUCAUUUUUUUUCUUCUUUGGGUGAAAUUGGGUUAGUAAGUUUGACUUGGGUUUUACUGAGGAGUUUGGAGGGAAAUUAUAGGAGAAUGGACCACGGCUUGUUUGGAUUUGGUUGGUUUGGAGUUUUUUUGUGGUGUGUUUGGAUUUAGUUGAUUUGGAGUUUUUGAUAGUGUGUUUGGAUUUGAUUGAAUUGGGAUUUUGCAUUCCGAAGCUGCUGAUUUGAUUUGAUUUGAUUUUUUUUUUUCAUAGUGUUUUGAUUUUGAAAUGCAGUUACGUGAUGUUGUAAGGGAGGUGUCCAUGUUGUUUUCUUCUUCAUUUGUGAAUGGCUAUUGAAUUCAAUUGAAGUUUUUCUUUUGCAUCACAGAGUGGAGAUGUUGUUGGCGUUUGUGACUCAUUCACUAGAUUAUAUUGUUUUAAAAUAGGAAUGAAACUCUAGUGAUUGUGAAUUGAGUUUUGUUAAGUAAUGUUUGGAUGGAAGUAAAUGGAGGUAAAUGCCAUGUAAGGAAUGUUUAUAUGGGAUUAAAUGAAUGGAAAUGGAAUGAAAUAAAAUG